UUGCUGCCGCCGGUGAUACCGCCCACCUUUUACGCCGCCGGCAUCAACUUCCCCGAGCACGUCACCUGGGCCGCCCAGAUGCGCGGCGAAGAGCCCAACCUUCCGAAGAAGGCCGACGUGGGUUAUCGCGCGAUCAAUGCGUUGACCGGCCAGGGCGACCCGAUCAUGGUCCCCGCCGACGCAACUCAGGAGUUGCAGUACGAGGGCGAGGUCGUCGUGGUAAUCGGCAAGGAGUGCCGGAACGUCAGCCAGGACGAGGCCCUGGACUACGUCCUCGGUUACACCAUCGGCAACGACGUCAGCGAACGCUACUGGCAACGCAACGACCGCACCAUGUGGCGCGCCAAGAACACCGACACCUUCAAGCCCAUGGGGCCGUGGAUCGCCACCGGCCUCGACCCCGACGAACUGCACGUCACCAUCCAGGUCAAUGAGCGCGUCGUGGGCGAAUACGACCUCAAAACGGCGAUCUUCGGCGUCCGCGAGUACAUCAGCGACAUGAGCAAGUACCUCACGCUGGUUCCCGGAGAUAUGCUGUGGAUGGGGACCGACGGCGCCACCGAGAACAUGAAGGACGGCGACGUCUGCGACAUCACCGUCAACGGCAUCGGUACGCUAAGCAAUCCGGUGGUGUGGGGCAAGGCCUGA